AUGCUUCGGUACCUCUUGCCAGACGUGCAGGAGGGUGACGAAUUUUUGCGUUGCAUUUUCUUUCUGAUAUGUCUUUUGCGGUUAAGGCACUCAACGCUGGGUGUUAUGGGGGCCAUCACCCCGAAUCCAAUUAUUAAAAAUGGCACCUACAUAAAUCCAGAAUUAGGCAAGUAUCACGCUAGGCUGAGAACGCUCGCUCGGAGCUGCCUGGAUAUCAAAGAGAAAUAUGGUGCUUCACAAGAUGGCAUUUACUUCCUGUCAACAGAGAAUGGGUCAGUGUACCAGACUUUCUGUGAUAUGACCACAGCCGGAGGUGGCUGGACUCUUGUGGCCAGUGUGCAUGAGAACAAUUUAAAUGGGAGGUGCUCUCUCGGUGACCGCUGGUCAAGCCAGCAGGGUAAUGAACAAUACCAGCCUGAAGGAGAUGAAACAUGGGUGAACACCCAUACGUUUGGAAUUGCAGAGGGUUCUACGAGUGAUGACUAACAGAACCCUGGGUAUUAUGACAUCCCUGCACAAGAUGUGUCAGUGUGGCAUGUUCCAAACAAUUAAUUGUUGAAAAACUGGAUGACUUCUGCUAUACUACAAUACCACACUGAGACAUUUCUGAGUGAGCAUGGAGGAAACCUUUACAACUUAUUCAAGAAAUACCCUGUGACGUUCGCAGCAGGGGACUGUAAAACCGAUAUGGGACCCAGCAGUCCAGUGGUGUAUGAUGCUGGAAACAAGGAUUCAACAGCAGACUUAUACGGACCAUCUGCUAGAAAGGAGUUUGAGUCUGGCUUCAUCACCUUCAGAGUGUUCAAUUCUGAUAUAGCAGUCAUGGCCAUGUGUUGUGGGGUUAUUCCAACUGGAUGUAAUCCGAAGCAAUAUUGUAUUGGUGGAGGAGGAUUUUUCCCUGAGCGAAACCAAUAUGGAGACUUCACAGCUCUUGACGGGAGCAGCGACGGAACAGAGAGAGAGAGUCUUGAUAUUGUCUGA